UAAGUUUGUAAAUCAACGCCAAGUCUUUUGUCAGCGGGAGGGUUUUCAGAAGUUGCUGUAAUACUUGAGUUAAAUUCAAAUAUAACGUUAUUUUCGCGAGUAAAGCGCGUCCUCGUAUUAAUAACAGAAAAGGACAAAGUUUCCAAACACCUAGAAAAACUGCCGAAGCGACCGACGUCCAUGUGACGCAAUAAUAAAGAUGCCGUUUAUUAAAAAGGAGAGUGAAGACGUGAAGGUCGAAGAAACGUCCAACCGUGAAGAUACAGAGGAGCGCGCGAAGACGGCGUUCUUCAAAGAGGAAUGCGAAAACGUGAAGAUAGAAGAUGCAUUCAGAGUCAAACAAGAAGAUGAGGAGCAAAUAGACCUAAUGGCACCUAAAGAGGAGAGGGACGUGUUGAAUGAAAUUGAGGAGAACGAUCAGAACGGGAAUCUUCAUGAUUUCAUCAGUGGAGAAAAAUCACUUCGUUCCUUACAGUCCGAAAAGACUGCCACGCGAAAAAGAGCCCAAAAGAAAGGUGCUGGGAAUUAUUUCACUUGCUUUCAGUGUGGAAAGGCUUUCAAUCAGCAAGGAAAGCUUAACAGGCACAUGAAAAUUCACAACAGCUCUCCUCAGUCUGGAACGAGUUCCAAUCGAAAUGGAAACCUUGACGUCCAAAGCCCUUUUACCUGUAAACAGUGUGGAAACACUUUCACGUACAAAGGAAGCCUUACCAAGCACAUGAGAGUUCACACUGGAGAAAAGCCUUACACCUGCAAACAGUGUGGAAAGGGGUUCAGUUUUCACGGAAACCUGAAAGUCCACAUGAGAGUUCACACCGGAGAGAAGCCCUUCAUCUGCCAGUGGUGUGGAAAGAGUUUCAGUCAGCACGUGAAUCUGGAAUCUCACAUGAGAAUCCACACCGGAGAGAAGCCUUUCGGCUGCAAACAGUGCGGAAAGAGUUUCAGUCAAAAUGGAAACCUCAUUCACCAUCUGAGAAUCCACACCGGAGAGAGACCUUUCACCUGCAAACAGUGCGGAAAAGGUUUCAGUCAACUCGGAACCCUCAAUUACCAUAAGAGAGUCCACUCUAGAAAGAAACCCCUCGCCUGUCUCAAUGCCCACAGGCGAGUACACGCUACGGAGAAACUUUUUACCUGCCAACUGUGUGGAAACAAUUUUACUCAUAAAGGAAGUCUCAACAGGCACAUGAAAAUCCACAUUAAGGAGAAGCCUUGCGCGUGCUCUCGGUGUGGAAAGAGUUUCGGUCAAAAACGAUACCUUGACGUUCACAUGAGAAUUCACACUAAAGAGAAGUUUCUGCUGAAAAGGUAACCUUGGGCACCUCAUGGAGAUGUUACGUGUUUUACAUACAAGAACAUCCAAGGAGUCUUCCCGGGAAAGCCUGUCAUGUACCAUCACUGUAGAGUAACACUCUCGCAAAUUGUCACAUAAUGGGGAUAGAAAAGGACUCUUUUCUAAUUUACAGACAAACAUUUCUAAAAAGGAACGCUCGUAUCUUGAGGUCGGUGUUGUUCUUGUAUGUUGUAUACUGUCAGACACGCGUUACGAUAGAACCACUAGUUAACGUAACCUCACCUGUAUCGUGUUUGGUGUCUAUGAAUUCUGUCAAUGAUCUAAAUGCAAGAAAAUAAACUUUCUUUAAAGUUUUAUGAGACCUCUUCAUCGUCACACACGGUGCUCCAGAUUUUUCUCCUUGGUAAGAGACUCUGGACAUCUCAUAUUUGUCUCCUUUAGGAAAAAAAAUAAACAACAUCACACACCGUGCUUCGAUUACUUACCUUAGCUACAGACGCCGGACCUCUCAAGAUGAAAAUGCUCUCAUUAAUUACUGACCCUCAUGUCAUUUCAAACUCGCAUAGACUCGUCGCUCCUCAGAACACAAAUUAAGAUAUUUUAUGCCAUGUGAAAUGUUGAGGGAAAAGCGGGUUUCACUUUCAAUUCACGGCUGAUGAAAUUAUGGUGGCUAUCUGAUACUACUGGUUAAAGACACACCCACACAUACACACCUGAGUUCUGAGAAAGAGAAACUUAAGUGUAGCUGUGCGGGAAACAGAAGUCAUCAUGGAAAGAGAAACUCUCUCUGGAUGAUUUAUAAACACGUACCCACAAUACUGCAUCAGCAGCAAUACAGAGGACCGAGAAAAAGUUCUAUUCAGCAACAUGGAUCCCAGAACCAGAAACAACUUCCUGCAGUAUUCCAGUCCUCUCACCCUGGACCUGAACACAGUGAACAAACACCUCUGUCUGUCUGACAGGAACCGAGAGAUUUUUGGUACUCUCACAGAGCAGCCGUAUACUGAUCAUCCAGACAGAUUUGAUGGAUAUAAUCUUCAGGUGUUGUGUCGAGAGAGUGUGUGCGGACGCAGUUACUGGGAGAUUGAGUGGAGCGGGAUGUUUGGUGUGGACAUAUCGGUGUCGUAUAAGAGCAUCGGCAGGAAGACAGGUGGCGACGAGUGCCUGUUUGGACGUAAUGAUCAGUCCUGGAGUUUGUUAUGCUCUCCUGACAGAUGCUCAUUUGUUCAUAAUAACAAACGGACUGAACUGCCUGUAGCGUCCAGCCGUAAAGUAGGAGUGUACGUGGAUGAGAGCGCAGGAACUCUGUCCUUCUACAGCAUCUCGGACACAAUGAGACUCAUCCACACAGUCCAGACAACAUUCACUCAGAGCCUCUAUCCUGGGUUUUAUGCAUUUGUUGGAUCAUCAGUGAAACUGUCUUGAUGAAUCGUUUUAGCCAUUUCUAUGUAAUUUCUUUGCACAUGCUCUCUUUUGCACCGGAAGCUCCUGACAGCUCAACGUAUCACAAUGAAGAUUUAAAUCGGGAUCACAGAACACUUUCAUGCGGUAAUGCCUCAACCUCCUCGCACUUAACCGAAUCACUGAAGGACACCUGGUCCCAUGCCUGAACCAACAAAUCAGACCGUUCAGCUAAUCCUUCCUUAUCAUAGUCUUGCUUGGUAAAAAGAAUAACAACAAUCAUUAAUUUAAAUAAAAUAAAAGUCCAACAUAAAACGUAAUAAGCAUAAACGUAAUUCAUCUCUGAAGUCUUUAAGUGAGUGGUAGCGCUAAAAGUUACAUGUUAAUGAACUCGAACAACUUUUGCUAUUUAACUGUUCAGAGUGUGUGUGUGUGUGGGUGGAUCCUGAAAAUGAAUAAUUAAAAACCCAAUAACUACCAGUAGGUGGUAGCCUAAGACCACAAAGCUUUAGCAGGCUAUUCGUGUUGAUGGUUUGUAUUUGGUCGGUGAUACGUUAGAUCUUGAUGGUUGAGAUCAGUAGGUGGUAGGCUAGAUGUUUGAGGGGUUGAUGUGGGUGGAGGGAUGGAUGUAGAUGGUGUGGUUCGCAAAAAUUCUUAAACGAAAGAAUGUAUGGCAUGAAACUGACGCUUAUUGGUUUACACCUUUUUCAUCACAGAUUGCAAUAUGCUUUGUUUCUGGUGAGGUGUGUUUGAAUGAGCAAUGUGUAGCUUCACGGAGUGGCAAGGACAGUACACGAUAAAAAAACAAAUAAAUGUAAAAAAUCUUAAAAAAUCUUAAAAAAAAAAACUAAAUGCAGCAGGGGCGCCAGAAAAUGGCUUGAAACAAAAAACAAACAAAAAAACUAAUUUCUUGUUCCAUAAUUACAGGUUAUUACUGUAAGUAUAAUUUUAAUAUACAUAAAAUCUUUUUUACUUUUGACAACAAUUUUCAGAAUACAUUAAUACACCUUUGAAAUAAAACGAUUGUCUUUUAUAGAAUGAUUAAAAAAAAAGCUUAGGUACAGAUAAUUACUGUUGUUAUUAUAAAAAAAACAGUAAAUCUAAGUGUCGAUACAAAUUAUGAUAUUGUUUGUAUACAUUAACUGUAAAAUUACUUUACUGUAAACUUUAUUCUAGGCUUCAUUUUCACUGAUAAUAAACUCAACUCAACUUUGUUAU